CGCGUCAAUACAUGCUUUCCGGUUCCACGACCUGCCUUUUGGGGCUGUUUCACGAACUGUGAAGCUGUGAUCCUCCACUAGCGCACCAUCUAAGCCAGUCGUGCAGACGAUAUCAACUAAUGGCUGAGCCUCCCCAGACUGAUGUCUCUCGUCCCUCAGCAUUGCCUACAGCCAAGUUGCUUCAGCGCCCCACGUUCAAUCAAGCUCUCGUCGAUCAGAACUCGGAUGAAUACCUCGAUGCCAUCGAGGAAGAAUGGAACAAGAAACUAGACGCCGAGGUAGAAGUAUUGGUCGAUGGUAUGGUCGAUAUCGUUAGUCUGGCAUCGAUCGGAGACAAGGACAAGUUUCGAAUCGCACAAGAGUCAUUUCAGGCCGAAUCUCGCGCUGAGUCUAUGGUCCGUGCAGCUAAUUCACUAUUGUCUAUAACACAUUCCUUGAAGUUGCUGCUUCUCUUAUCUGACGAGGCUCAAAUCGCCCACCGUCGGGAUGCGGAACUCAAGCACGUACAACAGGAAAAGAAUGAAGCACGCCAGAAAGUCGCCGAGCUUCUCGAUAGGUUGAUGAAUUCGAAAGGGGACCCGUCGCAAUGAGACAUCAUUCUCUCUCAAUAUCGUCGAAUUCACCCGUCUUUCCCAUAAUC